CUCGGUCCCGCCCCUUCCGCUGGCCGGACGUCCGGUCCACAUGCAUGCGCUUCGGGGUCCCGCCUGCUCGCCAGGACCUCCCCAGUAAGCGCCCCUGAGAUUGGGCGAGCGACCAGGCCGGGUCAGAGGUCCCGGGCCGGUCCUCUGGGCCCUCCCAUGGUGGGCAGUUCCCAUCAGCCGCAUGUGUGCAACACCGGUGAUUCCAGCUCCUGGUUCUGGGGCUCACUGACUCCCUCUUUCCUGGGAAGAUGUUCCUGGUGGGCCUGACCGGGGGCAUUGCCUCGGGCAAGAGCUCAGUGGCCCAGGUGUUCCAGGACCUGGGCUGUGCGGUGAUUGAUGUGGACGUCAUCGCCCGGCUGGUCGUCCAGCCAGGAUACCCUGCCCACCAGCGCAUCGUGGAGGCCUUUGGCACUGAGGUCUUACUGGAAAAUGGCAACAUCGAUCGCAAGGUCCUGGGGGACCUGAUCUUUAACCAGCCCGACCGGCGGCAUCUGCUUAACACCAUCACUCACCCUGAGAUCCGCAAGGAAAUGAUGAAGGAGAUGUUCAAAUACUUUCUCCGAGGAUACCGCUAUGUGAUUCUGGAUAUCCCCCUGUAG